AUGGUUGCCAACAAUGAAGCCGAUCCAGCAAACGCCUUAGAUGCCCGGCCUCAGAAACAUAUCUCUUUUUGGCGUUUGCUGACCGACCAAUCAAUCAUCACUGAGGAGGUGCUUCAUCAUCACUAUGAAGGAUCAGGAACUGACGAGGAUCCUUACGUUGUGACUUGGCUGGCAAACGAUCCUCGAAACCCCAUGCAGUUUAGCUUGACGAGAAAAGCUGUUAUCACCUUUAACACAGCGAUUGCAACAUUUGUUAUAUCGCUCUCUUCUUCUGCAUAUAGUGGUAGUAUUGAAGGCAUCGUUGAUCAUUUUGAUAUCGCCAGAGAAGUCGGCACUGUCGGUCUAUCACUCUUUGUUUUUGGUUUCGCCGUGGGACCACUGCUAUGGGCACCUUUAAGCGAAACUAUUGGCCGACAAAUCCCAUUCUUCGUGUCUUUCCUCGCCCUUUCCUUGUUCUCUGCAGGGUGUGCAUGUGCUCAGAAUAUCCACACUCUGUUGAUUCUGCGAUUUUUCGGAGGAGCUUUUGGCUCUGCGCCCCUCACAAAUGCUGGCGGCGUUAUUUCAGACAUGUUCAUGGCCAGACAACGCGGACUGGCAAUGCUAUUAUUUGCAUCUACUCCUUAUCUAGGCCCCGCUCUAGGGCCCAUUAUAGGCGGUUUCCUCGGCAUGAAUGCAGGUUGGAGAUGGGUCGAGGGUUUCCUCGCUGUUAUAGCGGGACUUGCUUGGAUAUGCAUGGCCUUUUGCGUUCCUGAGACCUAUGCACCGGUCCUGCUUCGAAAGCGUGCGGCUGCGUUGUCGAGCAUGACAGGGAAAUGUUAUCAAAGCAAGCUGGAUAUUGACAGAGGCAAUAUUUCCAUGGCGAAUCGACUGAAAACCGCCUUCUCUAUGCCCUGGGUUCUUCUCCUCCGCGAGCCCAUUGUGCUUCUUCUCACCUUAUACGCUGCUCUCAUUUAUGGUGUGCUCUACAUGCUGUUUGAAGCCCUUCCAAUCGUCUACCAGGAGGAAAGGGGAUGGAACGCGGGUGUUGGAGGGCUUCCCUUCCUUGGUGUCAUGGUUGGUGUCUUGUGCGGUGUCAUUUACACCAUGUGGGAUAACAAGAGAUUCAUACGAACACAAGGGGCGCACAAUGGAUUUGCUCCUCCAGAGGCUCGUCUUCCGCCUUGCAUGACCUCUGCCGUGACAAUUCCUAUUGGCCUUUUCUGGUUCGCAUGGACAAACUCCCCCUCUAUACACUGGAUGUGUAGUGUCGCGGCGCUCGUUCCCUUUGGAUUCGGGCUGCUGCUCAUUUAUAUGGGUAUUGUCAACUACCUCAUCGACUCCUAUACAAUUUACUCAGCAUCUGUCCUGGCAGGAAUGUCAGUUUUUCGAUAUACAUUCGGAGCUGUGUUUCCAUUAUUCAGUACAUAUAUGUACCACGGUCUUGGUAUUCAUUGGGCCUCGUCUAUUCCGGCAUUUCUGUCGGUCUUCUGCAUGCCUCUUCCAUUCUUAUUCUACAAAUAUGGUGCGCAGAUCCGAACCAGGUGCAAGUAUGCCGCCUUGUCACAAAAGCGUCUCGAUGCCAUACAACAAAUAGCCGCAGCAGAAAAGGGAGUCGCAUGA